AUGGUGGAGACCGACCUGGACGACGAUCUCGCGUUCAGCAUGGAGUCGAGGAACCUGUCGGAGGACGAUGAGGGAGCCAUGGCCAGCGACGGUUCUUCAGGCUCGUACCACCUUGCUCUGGCCCAACAACCACAGCAUGCGGACCAAACUACGUUUUCUUCCACUGGUCAAAUGACUGCUGGCUCGGCGACUCCGAAGUCCAAUGCAGAAAAACGGGAGGUCUCUUCAGAGGCUCAGGGCAAACGGCGUCUGAAUUUGCUGGAUUUACCGGUUGACAUCUUGAAAGAAAUUGUCAAGGAGAUAACUCAUACCAACGACCUGACGUCGCUCGCCCUGACAUGCUCUGCCCUGCAUUCGCUUGCCAUCCCUCAUAUGUACUCACGGUUCGAUAUCGUCUGGCCGGAGACGGUGGCCGCUACGGAACAUCCAACCGGUGUCGAUGCUCUCUCCUAUGGCUUAGCGACGCUGGUGAUGGGGGAACACGUCUUCAGGGAGACGCCACUCCGUCCUGCUUGGGCUACAGCACGCUCCUGUUGUCCUCAUUGUGGUUGCAACAACCCAAACCACCAGACUACGGAGCCAAAUGUGUCUCGUUCUAGUGGUCUGGGGAAUCUGCGUCUCGGCAACUACUACGCGCAGUAUACCCGGAAAUUCUCCGUGGGCAAUGGGCCUCCGAUGUGGGUACAGGAAUACUCAAUCACGAAGGAGACGGGCAAGAUGCUGGGAACGCUGGUUGCGCUGGCCGUCGCAAGGAUGGUCAAUCUCGAAUCAUUCAUCUGGGACAUGCCAACAGGCGUCAUGCGAGACGUCUUCCUUGCUCUUGCCUCGCUGGCUGAACGGCCUGGACAUGAGUGUCGUUUGGAGCGUGUCUGGGUUCGAUGGCACGACAACUCCGAGAAUCCGGCCGCGCGAGCUAUCAUGCUACCACCUGCCAACUCUGCCAAUCCUACGCUAUCCUUGUUGCAGCGAUAUGGACAUGUGGAAUUCCCUACAUUUUCGGUCCUGCCGCCUCUUAAGAGCUUGAGUGUGUUGGACAUCGAUGAGCCGGCAUAUCUGGAGGAGAUGGCCGUGCUCAUUGAACGCUCGCGUCACAAGCUUCGGGAGCUACGUAUCGGCAUGGCGCUACGCUGUCACCUGGACGACUGGGUCUUUCCGGUGGAAAACAGGCCGAUUACGCCAGAUCCAUCACCCCGGCGGCCGACUCCCGGUUGGCCGAGGCAUGGAGGAAUUCUUUCCAUACUUUUGAGCAACAAGGAUAAUCAGAUGGGUAUGCAGAGCGAGUCCUCUAGCAGGCAUAGCCAGCCGGCUACCGGUAAAGGGCAAACCGCAAAUGCCUCGGCCAAUGUGCAAAGCGAGGAAGACAUCGACGCGCAGCAACUUUCAUCUGCUACACAGUUGUUGGCAGACUUGGCACUUGACGACCGAGUCCCAGAGCCUGGAAACGGGCCAGGUCCAGCGGAGGCGUCUUCCAAUGAUCAGCGGGGUGAAUCCAAAACUCAGUCGGUCUUCCCGCCAGCAGUUCAGAAUGUGACAUGCUCGGACUCAUCGACGCCGACACAAACACCGGAUACGAAACUCAAACUGGAAGUUCUCGAGUUAGAACGGGUUUAUCUUGCCCCUCCAGUACUGUUGAAAGCAUUGGAUUGGCGCCGACUCACCUCGCUUACUAUACUUCGUUGCGAAGAGCAUGAACAGCUCUGGAGAACUCUUCGUCGACAGUUCUCGCCUUCUAUACCCGAGAGUAUAAAGUCGGCACAUCCAAAGAAAGAUACGCACUCUUCGGUUCAUUACCCUCUCAAGCUCAAGCAUCUGCAUACCGACCGAGUGUCUCCGUAUCUCAUCCUCUUCUUGAAAGAGACGAUUGCGCCGAACAGCUUGGAGAGUGUCUUCUUCCAAGAAGGUAACACUUACGAAUCGAUUGUCGGGAUCGAUGCGAUAUAUCGACAUGUGCUGCGUCGGCAAAGGGCUAGCCUGAGGAAGGUUCUGAUCGAUCGUUCGCGGAGGUUCGAAACCACGCCGUCUUCCAGCCACGGCCACUGGCGGAGCUGGAUGCUUCCUCGGGGGGCGUUAGCAUUCGUGACAAGCGGGAAGAUGCCUCAGCUUCGCGAGCUUGGCAUAGGGAUGGACCAUCGCGAUUGGCAUUUCUUCCUCCAGAGACUGCCAAACAUCCCACAGUUGCAGGCUCUCUAUCUGCCCAAUAUGUACGAUCCGACGCUGGCAAAUGAUAAGAAGCAUCGGGAGUUGGCCCUUCAGAUCCUGGAUAUCGUGACGCUGCGACCAGAAAUCAAACUGUCGUACGUUGGGAUCGAGACGAAGUGUUAUGAGAUCCUCGAAACCACUCCUGUGAAGGAGAAGAGGGAGCGGUCUGAUGGGGCGAGCAACUCAGACGGUCUUUCGUCGGAGAGCUCCGAGGAGGACAGCGACGCGGACGAGGAUGAGGACGAGCAAGAUGAGGAUGAUGGGAGCAUUCCGGGGCAGGGUUAUGAUUUGGAUUCGGGUUCCGAUGGCGGCGAUGAUGGGUAUUCGGACGACGAGCAGAAUGGGGUGCGAUCUAACGUUACGUUCAAGAUCCGUGAGAUCCUGUUUUAUGACGAUAAGAUUUCGAUCUUCAAGGCGCGGCAUUGUCGGCUUUGA